AUGUCCGAGUUCGACACUGCAUUAAUUGCGUUUUUAUAUGUUGGUCAUUUCUAUUACAAAUAUUUUACACGUGUUAACAAACUUCCGGGACCAUUUCCUAUACCAAUUAUUGGAUCUCUUUGGAAUAAACGUGAUGGAUAUAAUAAAUGGAUUCUUAAGCUCCAACAACAAUAUGGUGAUGUUUUUGAAGUCUGGCUAAGUAAUAAACGCAAGUUAUCUGAAUGGAUGCAACGAUUUACCAUUGAUAUGAUUAUUGAAAUAACUACCGGAAAAAGAGCUUAUACAUUACCUGUGUAUUUUAAUAAAUUUACUACAAAGAAAAUAAUUGAUAUUCCACCAGCCAUAUUAGAUGAUUCAGAGUAUUUUAUCCACAAUGUGCAAAAAAUGCAUCAUAUUGCUCAUUCAGCUUCUCGUUUAAACAUUGAACCUGAUGAAUUACUUGGUUAUCAAUGGCCAGCACGCUCCGAAUUUAUAAUGUUCUUUGAGGGUGGAAAUAAAAAUCCCCA